AUGUCGAUCACACUGCUCAAGCACACUCACCUGCUACCGUGGACAAGCGACGGACGACCUAUUCUUCAACGAAACACCGAUACGGUGCUAAAUUGGCGAUCGGGCGGGUACCACCUUGUUGAACUCGACCUGCAUCCCCAAAGAGCCGACUGUCCUAUCAUUCUCACCACGGAGGGUUUUGAGCGCUGCCCAAGAUGUCUCGUGGUCGCCGGGCAUAUAGAAAUAGAUGAGCACAUAUUCCAAAGACUGAAGUGCGGAAGAGAGCACGAAGAGGCCGUUGAUUUCUGCGUAAUGAGGUGCGGACGUCCCUUUUCGGCAGCCGCAGACCCGUCCAAGGCACGAUUUACACAUGAGAAGACCUGCGAUGGGACUGUUCCAAUGCUGUCACUGGACGGAGAGACCUUGGCUUGCCCCCGUUGCCGAUUUCCGGGUCUCCAGUGGGACACCUUUUCCCGGCACAUUUCCAAAUGUCAGGGCGACCGCCGAGACGCUGCGAAAGACGUACACGAGAUAUGGCUGGGACUCAAAUCGCAGAAGUACAUGGCAGAAUGCAAAUGCGGCUUCCUCAUCACGUUCAGAGCAUCUUCGACCCAUGUGUGUGGGCUUGCCGGCGACCCUGCCUGGUUCGGCGUGCUGAAAGAUAUCCCCGACACGUCGGUGCCUCUUCUUAAAUGGUAUCAAGACCACGACCUAGGCUUCGGCGGCGCACCAUUAUCGACCCAUUCGGCAAGUAUCAGCUCGCCGCUUACGUACGCCUCUCAAGUGCCCCUCCACAAGCUCCCUGCAGACGGCGUCGCGAUAGCAGAUGAAGUCGUUGCGAGGCAUUACGUGCUUUUUAAUUGCCUCAUCAGCAACGCUCAGCCCUCUGAAGAUCUCGUCUCGAAGAUUGCGGCUGUUCAGGACCUCCUCCGACUUUUCUACGUCCGAUCUGAGGCCUUUGUAAGGUACUGCAAGCGCCAAGCAGAGGGUCUUGAAGAGGAGGGUCCUCCCGAGGCCAUUGAUGAAGACUUCGUCGUUGGCGACGACCCGGAGGCCGGAGAGGGCUUGGAAGAUGACCUUGUCGAGGAGCUUGACGUCGUCCAGAGGGUCUUGGACGACUUUGGCAACACGGAUAGUCUGCUGGGCCAUCUUGGCUCCGGCCUUCCGCAUGGGAAAAGCUUUAUACAUCCUAUAAACUACCAUGCGGAGACGAGGAACCUGACGAGAGAGUUCUUAGCGAAGAUGAAAACUUUGGCGGUGGACCAACGAAGCGAACUGGCGGACGAUGCGGUGAAGGGCCUCAGGAAUCUCCUGAACCGAGCUACGCUUCAGUGGGCGGGCAUCACGCACGACGAGCCUGUUCUCUCUCGAGCCUGUCCGGGCUUCCAAUGGAGGCACGCGCAGCAUGCGUGCCCCUGGGGCGUGGAGAAUAUCGACUUGUCUCACGCGCAUAUCACGCCCAAGUUCGGGGCAUUUUACCUAAUAGCUCCGGCUUGCUCGGGAUGCUGGGACUUGGCGGCAAAGUUCGCUAAAUGGGUGAACCUGUCCAAGUACUCAAGUGAUGGCCGCCCUAUCUGCUGCUCCAACGGAUGCCAGGAGACUCGGUGGAUUGGAAAGUUGUGUAAAUCACAUCGGGAAACAGAUCACAGAAAACGGGUCCGUGAUACAAUAACGCUCGCCUCUGAUAGCAAAGGGACUAUCGACAACGCCCUGCAGGCUUUGCUAACGACGGAAGACCUAGAGACAAGUCUCAGCCACGUCACCCCUCGAGAGCGAGGCAAUCCGCACGACCCUUGGGAGCGCGUCGCGGCAGAGGUUUUUGGGGAGUGCCAGCCUACGAAUGUGUUCUUCGUUGAUACCGAAUGGGCAUACGCAGAGGGUAGGAGGCUGUUGUUUGAGGUAAGCUUUGUAGAUGGAAGCGGGAAGAACCUCCUCACGACGACCAUUGAUCACGGCUGUACUAUUGAGCAUCUUACUCUACCGUUCAAGCGCAAUUAUCGCAACAUAAUCCCUUAUGCGCUCGGCAUCUACUCCCGGGAAGGAAAUAAUAGACCCGCACAACUUGACGACCAAACGCACGGCUUGACCCCUGACGAACUCCGAGACAGGAUGCGGGAGAUUGGGAUUGGUCCCGACUCAAUCGUUGUCGAGUGGUCAGUCGGCCGCUGCGACAGAGCAAACGUGACGGAAUGUGUAGGUUCGGAUUUCGACUCUGGGACAUGGGUUACGGGCAUGGAAGUACUGAAAACCAUGGGCUGGCGCGGUACAAGGCAACUCAUCUCCUUGUUUUCUUUGUUCUUUCCGAAUGACCCUAAGCGGUGGAGAGCCCACAGGGCCAACAUUGAUGCCAUCAAGACCUUGCAGUUGAUGCGGAAGCUGCUCGGCUAUCUCUACAGGCCUAGAAGCAGUUGA